AUGGAUUUUUUUCAAUCUUCGGACUCCCAAUCCAAUAGCAUGGAUCUAAUGAAGAAAAUGGAAGACGACCACUUAAGACUUCAAAGACAGGUACGAAUAAUACAAACAGACCGGCUCCACCGUGCUAUGGGGGUCCAUCCCCAGUUCAGACGCCAGGACCAGUUGCUGAGGACUCUAAAGAAGGAGUACACCGAUCUGAUCAAAGACUUGAAGAUAGCGAGGUCUGGGGCGCAUAAGAAAAAGGACAAGCGAAUGAGAAGUGAGCUCGCGAGGGCACUACUGAUCAGGAUGAAAACCAAAUUCCGAUGCGAAGCUGGAUUAACCAUGAUGCAUCAGCUCGAUGGCUUGCUGCAAACAAACAGCAAGGAAAUGUUGUUACUGAGAAAACGCGCUAAUACCAGCAAAGGACAGAUAGAGGAAAGAAGGAUUCAAAGUGAAAUCCGACUAGUAUCAAUGGUGAAUCGGCUAGAAGCUGCAAAAUUGAGAUUCAAUGCUGUACAAUAUGAAAACAAAAAGAUUAGAGAAGAAAUUAAUCACGUGCUGAAAGAUAGGGCAAUAUUCAAUCAGGCAUGGGAUAAAAUGAUGAAUGCACUAAGUAAGGGAAAGAAGUUUCUCACAGACCUCUUUGAGUCCUCUACAUUGGCUUACGACCAGAGGGACGAGUGGUGCACUAAACUACGUUCAGUGCAGGAAAAAGGAAAAAUGGACCAAUUGCUACAAGUACAAGAAAUGCGGGAACUACAGAAGUACUUCGACCAUGAAAUGAAAUUAUACAGCUUCUUGGCAAAAAAGGGUGUCAUAAGAGUUAAUAAGAAACAAGAACAGAGAGAAGAAGAACUGAAGAUAGAAGAAAAAGAAAGGAUAGUGAGAGAGUAUAAUAAACAUUACAAAAUUGUCACGGAUAUUAAUGACUAUACAAAUGAAGUCAAUUGUAACGUAAUAAUAAAAAAAUUCCAAGAUGAGGAACAUUACAACUUCUCUAAAUAUUUACUGCUGACAGAGUAUUGCGCGGAGAAUGAAGUCCUCAAUCGGGAACUGAAUCGUGUGCGGCAACUAGUAGUUGACCGUCGUGAUUGGAAUGAAAUGAAAGAAGCUAGAAGAGUAGAGAAGUUGCAGACGUUGAGAAACCAUUUAGAUAAUAAAAAGAAAAGUACACAUGAACUAAGACGCAGAUUAGAAGAAAAGAAUCAACUGUUAAAUAGCAUGAUGGGAAAAAUUGAAGAUAUUUUCAUAAUGUUGGAUUGUUCAAUGCAACCUUUCCAGAACCUACUAGGAGACAAGGAGCCGUCAUUGCAUCGACUGAAUUUAACUCUACAACUCAUAACUGACAAAAUUAAGGAACACAUCGAAGUCGUUUAUUAUUAUGAACGUUUUAUACAAAAGAAAAGGGACAAAACUAAUACAUCACGCUUGAAGAAGUACACUGUACACGCAGAACCACGAGUAUCUUGGUCUCCUUUACCUAUAAACUUGAUGGUCCCAGGGGAUCCUUGUCCUUCUUGUGUAGAAGCCCGCUGGUUGUCCCGAGUGACCGAUGCUCAAGAAGUUCCAUUCAACCGCCAGAUGACACUAGAGGCCUUGAAUGAAUUAAUCGCAGACCCAGCAUUCAUGACUAGCGACCGAGUCCACCCACUCACAGAGUGUCAUGUACCACGCAGUAGACUUAUACUGGCCCGUCGGUAUUUAAACUAUUGAAAUCGGUAUUUAAACUUUUUUCAGGGUAGUUUACAGUACACAUUACAUGAACGGUAUAUGUAGCAUAUUAUUAUUUGUGAGGCCUCGAUAUUCCAACGCUGUUACAAACAUUGUUACAAACAGUCGACCCAUGACCAUUUAUGCUAUGUAUUCG